AUGAAAGACCGCGCGUUGGCUGAUGGGAGGGAUGAGCAGGACCGGCUGGAGUUCUGGAACGACUACAAAAUCGUCUAUGAAAGGCUGUCGGCUCUACCAGAUAAAGAGAGAACCUGGCAAGGGGUGUUGCAGUUGAACCGCAUACAUGAAGUAUUCUCAUGUGGCAUCAAUGCUACUGAUGGAGGAAUCAUAG